GGGCAGCCUGGGGUUCCUGCAGCAGCCACUGCCCUCCUACACAGCCCUAGUCUCUCCUACCUCCCACCAUGUUGGAUGGUACCCCCCACCUGCUGACACUGGAUGAAGCUGAUGUCACCUGGACGCUCAUCAAGGAUAAGGUUAUCGAGGAGCGCUUUGGAAGCAAUGUGGUGGCAGUGCCUUUCCUGUCGGACGCCACCUGCUACGAUCUAUUGGGUGUGUUAAUAAAACAGUCCCGCCCAGCGCACACCCGCCUGGUCCUGCCGGGGCGGCAGGGCCGGCGGGCACUCCAACCGGUGGGGCCACUCCCCAGCCUUCUGGAGCAGGCAGGAUCUGAGGGUGCCUUUGCCCACUGCACCCGGGAAUACUCACCCAAUGGCAGAGCAGAGUUAGCCUAUGAAGAAAUGCGUCUGCUGGAUGGGCAGCCCUGCCGGAUCCGCCUACAUAUGGGAGGCCUGCGUAAGAAGGUAGCCUUUCUUCUGCUGCCACCAGGGCAGGUGAGCCUACAGCAGAGUCUUCCCUGGCUCCGAAGUACCCACAGCGUCUAUGUCAUCUACCAGGUCUUCUCCUGCUCCUGGCUACAGAUGGGACUGUCGCCUACAGCCCGUGAGCCCCAGCUGCUCCGGUUACAACGGUCACUGCCUAUUGCCUUUUCCUGCCUAAAGUUUGCACUGCAGCCCAAGGGAGUGCUGGGACCACAGAAGUCCCUGGCCAAAGAUCCACUGCCCCAUGGUGCCACCUGGGUCAGACCGAACCUCAGCAUCAUGCCACCUCUGGCCCCCGUAUCAAACCCUGUCAAUAGCCCCGAAGCUGCUGCUCUGCCCCCACCUGUCCCAGCCCCACCCACACCACCACCCCAGGAAGGGCCAGAUGGCAGACCCACAAGAGUCUCCUACAAGGGUCGAAACCCCUUCCGAAGGGGGCCCCAGAUGUUGUCAGAGAACUGGCUCUUCAGUCCCCGCAGCCCCCCACCAGGAGCUCAGGGUGGGGGCCCCGGGGACCCCGACCGGCACUCCAUGUCCCUGCCCCUGCUGCAGGGUCUGUCCUCAGAGUUCGACAGCGACGACUGAAGCCGAGGCAAGAGACGCUGGGGGCAAGACCCCCAAGGUCUGGCAUAGGGAUACUGGUCCCCAAUAAACAUCAGCUGCUGCUCCCCAAA